AGCUCUUUUGGCCACAAUCCAGCUCUCUCAAGACAAAGCAUCCAGUCAGCCAUCCAGUCUUAAAUAUCCCUGGACAUGUCUGCUUUGGAGAAGUGAGACACUGAAACACCGUGGCACUGGGGACGAAGAUGUCUGUAGAAGUUUGGCCUUCUCUCCGUCCGGAACAAUUAAGACCGGCUGUCGACCAGACACAGAGACGAGAACUAGAAUGGCUCCUCAAUGAACUGCACGAGACGCUUCACAACCUCAAGUCCGGCCUUGAGGACUGCUACGCCUUGCUGGCACCUGUCGACCCUGGCAGCACGCUCGUCGUGAGCACCCCGCGGAACGAGAUCGUCAAGGGACAUAUCACUCGCGUUGGAACACGGAUAGUCAAGGGCACCCUCACCCUCCGUCUUCGGACCCACCCCCAGCAGACCUACACCAUCUCCCCGACCUCCCCCAUCAGCCUCGCCCCGCUGGCGACCCUCCAUACCCUCCUCAACCACUCCGUCGAGCUCCUCACCCUGACACUGGCCCACACCACACCCCCCUCGACGCACGCCUCCUCACCAACCUCUCAACCGCCGCCCUCGCCGACUCACAGCACGGCGGCCUUUCUCGCCGCGCAGCUCCUCCUCCUCUCCCAGUCCCUCGCCGAGGCCGCCUCCCUGCUCAAAGGGCCCCAGCCCCUGACGGCCUCCGACGCCACCUGGGUGUCCAAGUCGUGCGCGCCCGACCACUUCGUCCCGCCCACCAGCAGGGACCUGAGCGUCCACUGGGGCGUGCAGGACAGCUGUCUCGUGCUGUGGCUGCGCGCCCUCGAGCCCGCCGACGCCCCCGUGAGCGUCGGGCUCAAGCUGGCGCUGGCAAUCGGCACCGCCAGGCGGAUCGAGCACGACGAGGCGGAUCAGGUGUUUGUCUAUACAUACCCGGAGGAAGGAGAAUUUGGGACCAGGGGUGGAGGAGGAGCCCUACAAGGCAGCAAUAAUAAGGACGACCAACACAGGGGUAAUGAGGUGCAGGUGUAUGUCAGGGAAAAGGUUCGAGUCGAAAGUGCAGAUCCGAGUCUUUUGUCGCUGAGUGCGAAACUGGCGGCGUUGAUGAACACAUUGGAGCUGGCCAGAGGAAAUCUGGCUGCUGUCAUGGGGGAGGAAUUUUGAGGUGUCUGGCAUAUAACAAGUGUGGGGAAAGAGAGAGGAGGGGCCUGCUAAAUACCCUCCUAGCGACGAGGCUCUCAUUGCAUAUAUUGUACGGCGUUCCAGGGCGAAAACGCCACGGCAGGCGGGCUCUAAUUGCCAAUACCUGCGCUCACAUAGAAACGGGCACGCCAAAUAGUCCAGUGAUG